CCCUAAUUAUUAAUUUACAACGUAUAUAGGACGGUACUCUUAUUUUGAAGGAUUCCAACGUUUCGUAACUCGGAAGUACAUAGUUAUGCUUGCCUGUUUAGUAGCGGUAUGGAUAUCUAAAGCAACACAGCUAUCAAUUUGCUUAUCAAUUUGAAUUGUCUAAACAUGUCUCAAAUACGGUUGUUGAGGGUUUUUCUCAACGAGAGAUUAACAGCUGCUGCUGAGGAGAUAUUCGGGGUCGUUGAAAAAACGGUAGCAGAGUAUCAGGAGGAAGUUGUCCGUCUACAGAGGCUGCUCGACAUUGUUCUUCAACCUGAGAUUAACAUGCCCAGAGCAGACCUCCAGCAGCGUACUCUUUCUUUCUCUGAAGAGGAGGUUCCCCCUGAGCAGCAGCAGUGUGAGCAGGAGUGGAGCCCCAGUCUGGGACAGGAGGACCCAGAGCCCACACAGAUUAAAGAAGAGCAGGAGGAACUCCGGAGCCGUCAGGGGGAAGAGCAUAUUCAAGGGAUUGAGGCAGAUACCAUAGAAUUCAUAUUCAAUCCUGUCUGUGUGAAAAGUGAUCGUGAUGAACACCCAACUCAUCCCUCACAUCUCUAUCAAGCCCAAAACGAGGGAAACGGAGAGAGAGACACUCUACCCAGUACUACAACUGAAAAUAUCAAAACAGAACCUGAUGGAGAGGACUAUAGGGAAUCAGAACCAACCAGUGUCUCUCAGCCUUUCUUUAGUGUAAAUCCAGACUGUUCUGCAGCUCAGAGUGAAAACAGUCAAAGUGUCAGUGGUAGGGAGACUGGAGAACCUCCUUCAGAUUUUAAGUCAGUCAUAUCAAAAAUAAAGAUGAUAAAAGGACAAAGGUCCCACAUCAAAACUAAGGGUAGGAAAUCUACACAGUUGUCCCUCCUGAAAUCACCCAGUCAAAGUCUUGCUACACCUUGUUGUUGUAAGGUGUGUGGCAAGUCUUUUCAUCACAUGGGUACAUUAAUUAAACACGUGCAAAUUCAUACAAAGGAUGAAGAAGGUAUUUGUGGUGUGUGUGGAAAAUGUUUUCAGUCUACAGAAAGUAUGAAAGAUCACUUCCAAACUCACAUUGCAGAUAGGUUUUGUUGUCAUGUUUGUGGUAAAGGUUUCACCUUAAACAGUAAUCUAAAAAGACACAUGAGGAGCCACACAAGAGAGAAACCAUAUGGCUGUCAUUAUUGUGGCCAAGGAUUCAGCACUGGCAGCACUCUGAAUAGACACAUUAGGAUCCACACAGGGGAGAAGCCAUUUUGCUGCCCUGAUUGUGGCAAAUCAUUCACUCAGAGUGGACAUCUAAAAAUACACAUGAGGACCCACACAGGGGAGAAACCCCAUAGCUGCCCUGAUUGUGGCAAAGGAUUCAGCAUUGCCAGUAAUCUGUCAGUGCACAUGAAGAUUCACACAGGAGAGAAAAGACAAAAGGAUUCAGCACUGGCACCAAUCUGAAAGUGCACAUGAGAACUCAGGGGAGAGGCCAUACUGAUGUCCUCAUAGUAGAAAUGUAUUUCCCAAUCAGGUACAUUAAAUAACAGACACACCAAGGAAGCACUUUAAAUGUGUGAUACUGGCAGUAGUUUUCUAAAUGAUAGAACUCUGAUAAAGUAACAUGAAGAACAAUCACAAGAGGAGAAAACAUGACAGUGUGCUGUUUGGGGAGAGGUCUGGAGACAGAAGAUUGAGAGGCACAUUGUACAGUGCCUUUAAAAAGUAUUCAUACCCCUUGACUUAUUCAACAUUUUGUUGUGUUAUAGCCUGAAUUUAUAAUGACUUAAAUAAAUGUAAAAAAUCCCCUCACACAUCUACACACAAUGCCCCAUAAUGAUAAAGUGAAAACAUAUUUUUUUUUAGAAUUAAAUCUCAUUUACAUAAGUAUUCACACCCGAGUCAAUACUUUGUAGAAGCACCUUAUGUAUCUGCUUUGCACAUCUUGAUAUGGGAAUUUUCUCCCAUUCUUCCUUGCAUAUUUUCUCAAGCUCUUAAGUUAGAUGGGGAGUAGUGGUGAACAGCAAGUCUUUCCACAGAUUUUCAAUGGGAUUCAAGUCUGGGCAUUGGCUGGGCCAC